CAUGCUUAGACUUUCCUCAUAGGACAGCCCAGAAGUCCCAUCCUACCAGCCUCAUUCAAAACCCUUCCUUAGUUUUCUGCAACUGUGUAGAUCCAAAUGCUGUGAAGCUUGCACCUUUCAUGGCAGAUCAUCUGAUAUUGUUCUGUGUUCUUCUGCUCUCGAUACCAGCUUCAUCUCAAGUCAGUGAGCUCUUCUUUCCUGGUUUUAAACAUGUGGGCACCAAUCUCACCCUGCAUGGAAUAGCAGAGUUUGAAAACAAUCUUGGCAUUCUCAAAUUGACCAAUGACACCAGUAGAUUAGAGGGCAGUGCCUUCUACGCUUCACCGAUUCAAUUCAAAAACUCUACUAAUGGCAAGGCCUUCUCUUUCUCCACCUCAUUUGCUUUCACUAUAGUACCCGAGUAUCCAAAGCUCGGCGGCCAUGGCUUUGCUUUUACAAUAGCACCAUCCAAGGAUCUCAAUUCUCUGCCUAGCCAAUACCUAGGCCUCUUCAACAGCAGUGAUAUUGGCAACACAUCCACCCACAUCUUCGCAGUCGAAUUCGACACAGUUCAAGACUUUGAAUUCGGAGACAUUAGUGACAACCAUGUAGGGAUCGACCUCAACAGCUUGAAAUCAAACGCCUCAGCUGAUGCUGCAUAUUACACAGAUGCUACAACCAAACAGAACUUCAACCUCAAGUGUGGGAAAGCAAUCCAAGCCUGGAUAGACUACGAUUCAGCUCAAAAUGUAAUCAAUGUCACAAUCUCACCACUCCCUACCAAACCCAAAACCCCACUUCUUUCAUUCCAUGUAGAUCUCUCACCGAUAUUCCAAGAGUUCAUGUAUGUUGGAUUCUCAGCUUCAACAGGUCUGCUUGCCAGCUCCCACUACAUUCUUGGCUGGAGCUUCAACAUCAACGGACAGCCCCAACCUCUUCACUUGGCCUCUCUCCCCAAAAUCCCAAUACCCAAAAACAACCACACAUCUAUCAAAAUCGGAGUCUCGAUCGCAGCCAUUGCUCUCGCUCUGUCUGUAAUCUCCAUUACCAUCUAUGUUUUCGUCAAGAAACUAAAAAACGCCGAGCCAGUCGAAUCAUGGGAGCUCGAGCUGGGCCCACACAGAUACUCCUACGAAGAACUGAGGAAAGCCACAAAAGGGUUCCGAGGAAAAGAGCUACUCGGUGAAGGCGGGUUCGGGCAAGUGUUCAAAGGAACACUCCCCAACUCCAAAACCCUUGUCGCGGUCAAGCGAAUCUCCAACGACUCGAAACAGGGGCUAAGAGAAUUCGUGGCAGAGAUCGCAAGCAUUGGUCGGCUCCGGCAUAGAAACCUGGUACAGUUACUAGGGUGGUGUCGGCGACGAGGCGACCUAAUGCUGGUGUAUGACUACAUGGAAAAUGGGAGCUUGGAUUCUUAUUUGUUUGAUGAGCCAAAGUUGGUGCUGAGUUGGGAGCAGAGGUUUGGGAUUAUCAAAGGGAUUGCGUCCGCGCUUCAUUACUUGCAUGAAGAAUUUGAGCAAGUUGUAAUUCAUAGAGAUGUGAAAGCUAGCAAUGUGUUGCUGGAUAGUGAAAUGAAUGGGAGGCUUGGGGACUUUGGGUUGGCGAGGCUGCAUGAACACGGGUCGAACUCGAAUACGACUCGGGUCGUGGGUACGCUCGGGUAUUUGGCUCCGGAGUUGCCGAGAACCGGGAAGGCAAGUACGGGCUCUGAUGUGUACGCUUUUGGGGCACUUUUGUUGGAGGUGGUUUGCGGGCGAAGGCCCAUUGAGCCCAAUGUGAAGCCGGAGGAGUUGGUUUUGGUGGAUUGGGUUUGGGGGAGGUAUAAAGAGGGGAAGGUACUUGAGGUGGUGGAUCCGAGGCUUGAGGGGUUUUAUGAUGAGAGGGAGGUGGUGAUGGUGGUGAAGUUGGGGUUGAUGUGCUCGGCUCAUGGGCCGAGGGCGAGGCCCAAUAUGAGGCUGGUGGUGAGGUAUUUGGAUGGGGAGGUUGAGGUUCCGGAGGAGGUGAGACCGCCGAGUGGUUCUCGUGUGCUCGGGUUUGAUGACUUUGUGGGCUCGUUUGCGUCGUCGUCUUCGUUUGAUAGGAUGAGCUGCUACUCUAACAAAGAUAUGGAUGCUAGCUUUGCUUCUCUUUCUUCUACCUCGCCUAUCUAUCUUCUUCAUGGGCAGACUAGAUAG